UGCCAGGGCCUCGGCCGCCUCCUCUCAAGGCCUUCCCGGACCCCAGCUUCCCGCCCAACCUGCGGCUCUGCCAUGCCCCGUGGGCGGCGCGGAAGCCGGGUGAACGUUCUGGAGGGAGACCGGGGGGAUGGGGCGCCCCCGGCGGCGGCCGCCAUGCCCUCUGCGCAGUGGGCGUCCCGGCAGCUGCCGGAGGAGGCUGCAGGGCAGAUCCUGCUCCGGGGCAUCUUCGAGAUCGGAAGGGACAGCUGCGACGUGGUGCUAAGCGAAAGGGUCUUGAAGUGGCGGCCAAUCCAGCCCGUGCGCCCCGCGGGUGACCCCAAGCUUGAUUUGCUCUGUAAAGAAGAAUUUAUUGAACUCAAGGACGUCUUUUCAGUCAAGCUGAAACAUCGUUAUUUUGCUAAACCGCAUGGCAGUGGUACUUUAUUAGGUAUCACACUAUUUUUCUGUUUGAAAAAGGAACAAAAUAAAUUAAAGGAUUCUACACUUGAUCUUAUUAACUUAAGUGAAGACUACUGUGAUAUAUGGUUUAGACAGUUCAAGAAAAUUUUGGCAGGUUUUUCAAAUAGACCAAAGUCAUUAAAGAUACUACUAAACCCCCAGAGCCACAAAAAAGAAGCUACCCAGCUCUAUUACGGGAAGGUUGAGCCACUGUUAAAGAUUGCAGGAAUUAAGACUGAUGUAACAAUAACAGAAUAUGAAGGACAUGCUCUGUCACUGCUGAAGGAAUGUGAACUCCAGGGAUUUGAUGGUGUCGUCUGUGUUGGGGGAGAUGGAUCUGCCAGUGAAGUUGCUCAUGCUUUGCUCCUUAGGGCCCAGAAGAAUGCUGGGAUGGAACCAGACCACAUCCUGACGCCAGUCCGAGCGCAGCUCCCCCUGGGUGUGAUACCAGCAGGCUCCACUAAUGUACUGGCACAUUCACUUCAUGGAAUUCCUCAUGUGGUAACUGCAACUUUGCACAUUAUAAUGGGUCACGUGCAACCAGUUGACGUCUGUACCUUCAGCACCACUGGCAAGCUGCUUCGAUUUGGGUUCUCAGCUAUGUUUGGCUUCGGUGGAAGAACUUUGGCCUUGGCAGAAAAGCAUCGAUGGAUGUCCCCUAACCAGCGAAGGGAUUUUGCUGUAAUUAAAGCUUUGGCAAAACUUAAGCCAGAAGACUGUGAAAUAUCAUUUUUACCACAUAAUAGUUCUCAGGAUUUACAAGAAAGGGAGGCACAGGGAUCUCCCAAACCUGACUAUAAUGGUCACUGGCGAGUGGUCCAGGGGCAGUUCUUGAAUAUCAGCAUUAUGGCAAUCCCUUGUCUGUGCUCGGUGGCACCUGGAGGCUUGGCACCUAAUACCAGAUUAAAUAAUGGGAGUAUGGCUCUUAUAAUUGCACGAAACACUUCUCGAUCAGAAUUUAUAAAGCAUCUGAAAAGAUAUGCCAGUGUUAAAAAUCAGUUCAGUUUUCCAUUUGUUGAGACUUACACGGUUGAAGAAGUAAAAGUUCACCCAAGGAAUACCAGUGGGCAUGAUCCAGAAGAGGAAGAUCAACCACAAGAAGUUGCUUCAGAAAAGAAUUUCCCUUGGAAUGUAGAUGGCGAUUUAAUGGAAGUUGCAUCAGAGGUCCAUGUUCGACUGCAUCCAAGCCUUAUCAAUCUUUAUGGAGGAAGCAUGGAAGAAAUCAAUGAUUCCAAAGUAACAUGUAAUUGUUUAUAAGAUAAAAGUGCUGAUUAGUUUUAAUAUGAAAAGAAAAAGGCAUACUUUUAACUAUUUUUAUAUUAAAACUUUGUAGAAAAUUCCAAAGGCAAAUAAGAGUUCCUUCUGUUUCCAAGAUUUGAGUUCAGCACAUGUUACCAAAAUUUCAAAAUUAUACAUUUUUUUUUGAAAAAUAUAUCAAUACUUGCCAAAAAAACGUAAUUUGUGAAUAUCCUCUAAGUUAAAGAUGCUUCAUGUAAACUACCAUUUUAAAUAGCAGGUAGGAAUCUUGCCCUGAAAGUCAUGUUCUCUGAUAAUUUCUAAAAUGGAAAAUAAUCACACUUAAGUUUCCUCAGGGCUCAUUCUUAGAAAGAAUGUUCUAGAUUUUAAUGGAAAAUCAAACCAUUCUCCUGACAGACAUCUAACUUUUCCAGCCACCAGUCCUAGACCACACAUCGAUCAACUUUCAGGGAGACACCUCCUGCAGAGACUUUGCCCUUAACCAUAAGACUUCCCUCUGGUCAUCCACAUAACAGGCCCAUUUUCAAAAUUGUACAUAAGGACAAAAAUAUAUCCAUAUGAAGAUGAGACUGCUUCAUUAAUAAAGCAAAAGAAUUUAAAGAACCCUUAUCAAUAUCUUAUACAUUGUAAUUUACAUGAACUAAAGCCUGGUCUUCACAGUUUUGCUUUUUAAGAAAAUGGCUACUACAAUAAUAUUUAAAUAUAACCUACUAUAUUUGUAUUUCAAAUAUCAGCUGAAGUGCAAUAUUUACAACAUUCCAGAGGUUUUUAUUUUUUUGGUGUAGAUUUACUCCUAGUUAUCUUUCAUAAAAAUGGUAUCAAAGACUUACACCUAAAUGAACAUUCUUUAAAAACUUCUGUAUAAUAUAUACAUAAAUAAUGUAAAACCAGUAUAUAAAUUUGCUCUAACUUUUUCCUCAAUAAAGUACAUGAUUUACAGAAUGCUAAAUAAGUGUCUUUUAAAACAAUGACUUCUUUAUUCAUUAGAAAAUUUGGGAAUAGCUCUUACAAUCGCAAACAUUAAUUUCAAAUGAACCAGAAUGCAAUGCAGUUACCAAGGCAAGACAGAUGGUAAGUAAUUUCUUUUAAAGUUUUUCUUGAGGAAUUACCUUGAAUACUUUAAACACUUGUAAAAGUUAUUUUUGGGAUAUAUUAAAUAUUACCUUUGCAGUUGUUUUUUCAGCAUAAUCACCAUUUGGAAUUUUUGUUUGCCUUUAGACAAAAUGGUGAGUAAAAGAAUCACAGAAAUAUAAGCAAAUUCACAUUUUUUGGUAAACAUUUUCUUUAACCUGAGGU